AUGAAUAAUUCUAAUAUCUUACCCUCUUGGCCUUACAAACGCAGUUUAUCACCAACAAUGAAACCCCAACACAUUUGUGGGGAGAGUUCUCUGUGUGAAGAAUCAAAGAUAGGUGUUCGAGAAAGGCUCGGGCAGGCUUAUAAGGCUGCCAUGCUGGUUAUGGCGAGGCAUGGAGCUCAGAAUGGUUUUGGUAGGGGUCUCUUGAUUUCAAAGGCAAUCGAGAGACGAAGGUGGAGCUCCUCUGCAGAAGACCCAAUUAAGACUCUCAUGUUCUUGGGGUCAUGGAACCACACUUAA